AAGCCUCCAGCUUUCAUGGUGUGCUCAGCUGGCACCAGCUUUGGCUCCUCCAGUAAUUGCAUGCUCACGCAUCCCCCACCCUUCCUUAACCUAGCUAGCUGACCUCCCUUUCUUCUCAUCUCUACAACCAUUUCCUCCUUCCUAUAUAUAUGUAGUUGUCCCUAAAACCUUUCCCUUAUAACUAUCACAAGCUCUCUCUCUCUCUCUCUCUCUCUCUCUCUCUAAAAUGGGGUUCUCUGGUUUUGCAUUGGUUGGUGUAGUUUUCAGUUGUUUAUUAGUUGCAACCUGUGCUGGUAACUUCUACCAAGACUUUGAUAUAACAUGGGGAGGCAACCGUGCCAGAAUAUUCAAAGGAGGACAGCUUCUGUCUCUGUCUCUAGACCGAGUCUCUGGCUCUGGCUUUCAGUCUAAGAAUGAAUACCUAUUUGGAAGGAUCGAUAUGCAGCUCAAACUUGUUGCCGGCAACUCUGCUGGCACAGUCACUGCAUACUAUUUGUCGUCUCAGGGGCCAACUCACGAUGAAAUCGACUUCGAAUUCUUGGGAAAUGUUAGUGGUGACCCUUAUAUUGUACACACCAACGUGUUCACUCAGGGCAAGGGAAACAGGGAGCAGCAAUUCUAUCUCUGGUUCGACCCCACAAGAAAUUUUCACACUUACUCCAUCAUCUGGAAAGCCCAACAUAUAAUCUUCUUGGUUGAUAACCUUCCUAUAAGAGUAUUCAAGAAUGCAGAGUCGAUUGGCGUUCCAUUCCCAAAGAGCCAACCCAUGAAGAUUUACUCUAGUCUUUGGAACGCUGACGACUGGGCCACAAGAGGUGGAUUGGUGAAAGCUGAUUGGUCCAAGUCACCCUUCACAGCAUACUACCGGAACUUCAAUGUUACAUCCUUCAAGUCCACCACUUCCCUAACCGAUGCAGGGUUGCUAGCCAACGAGCUUGAUGCCCAUAGCCGAAGACGUCUGAGAUGGGUUCAGAAAUACUUCAUGAUCUACAACUAUUGCACUGAUUUAAAACGCUUCCCUCAGGGUCUUCCUCCAGAGUGCAGACGGGGGAGAUUUCUCUGAAAGUUUGAAUCUAUCUUUCUAGUAGAUUUACGAAUCAAAUAAAUUAAAUUAUUUUGUGUCUUGUUUGUUUACCAUCCAAUUUCUUUGAACUUUUAUAUGUGAAGAUACUUUAUGUUAAUGA